ACCCGUGUAGCCCUGCCCUCCCGAUACACACACUUUAUAAACAGGAAGAAACCCGGACACGAAGCCGCCUUGUUAAGUGAGAGUGUGAUAGAGCGGAGAAAGGCUUCGGUGCUAAACGGAGCAUCCACCAGGCUGCGUCUCCCGAGGACAGAAAAGGGGCGUUUGUGUUUCUGUCAAGCCGAUCUCACAGAAAUUCGGCCACUAGCUCGCCGUUAGCUUCUACGCUAAUUCCAACAUCGGCACUAAUCGGAGGUUUUUGUCACAGCUGUUGAGGUUGCGCAAGACUACCAGCAAGUCUCUUCGUGAUUUAUAACCCCCGGUAAUAUUUCACCAUGGGAUCCAGAGCGUCCACGUUACUGCGAGAGGAGGAGAUCGAAGAGAUUAAGAAGGAGACCGGCUUCUCCCACAGCCAGAUAACACGCCUGUACAGUCGCUUCACCAGCCUUGACAAAGGUGAAAAUGGUACCCUCAGCCGAGAGGAUUUUCAGAGGAUCCCAGAACUGGCCAUCAAUCCUCUGGGAGACCGGAUAAUCAAUGCCUUCUUUCCCGAGAGCGAGGACCAGGUGAACUUUCGGGGCUUUAUGCGUACGUUGGCUCACUUCAGACCCAUAGAGGACAAUGAAAAGAACAAGAAUCCCACGGCAGGCGAGCCUCUCAACAGCAGGACAAACAAGCUACUGUUCGCUUUUCGUCUGUAUGAUCUCGACAGAGAUGACAAAAUCUCCCGGGAUGAGUUGCUGCAGGUCUUGCGUAUGAUGGUGGGUGUAAACAUUUCAGAUGAGCAGCUUGGCAGCAUUGCUGACAGGACUAUACAGGAGGCAGACACUAAUGGAGAUAACUCGAUUUCCUUCAAUGAAUUCAUCAAGGUCUUGGAAAAGGUGGACGUGGAACAGAAAAUGAGCAUCCGGUUCUUACACUAAGUUUAGUCUUUUUUUUUCUCAUUUAUUGAUUGUGACCUUCAACAUAUCAGUUGAUGUCAGGACACAAACCUCAUUCAGCUUGUCAGCAGGCGGCUGUCAUCCAAGCUGCGAAAUACGCUGUCGAAUGAAGCAUUGUGUAGAUAAUGCCAUAGAUCCUAAGUUACGCUGCUGUCUAAGGGAUAAUUCACCUGCCUUAAGUUGUAUUAUGCAAUGUCCCUUAUGUAUAUUUCCCAAUAAUGAAACAUUAUUUAUUAGAAAGCUUUUAGUUAGUAUUACACAGGAAAACUGCCACUGUGCUGUAAAACAUUUUGCUUUUGCAGUGACUUUUUCCUUCAUGCUCUGUGUGUGUGUGUACUUCAAUUAUGCAAAAGUAUAAAACUGAUAUUGUAGGAUAUCAAAUCAAAUGCUGUGGUUUCAGUUCACAACAGUGUUUUUAAUGCUAACAUGAAUUUGUGACUUUUUUUUCUUGGUGGUAUAGAAAGUCAAGUUUGACCCCUGACUCAAAGCAGACCAGUCUUGUGUGUUACUGAGCUGUGGCUUUUUUUUUUUUGUAAGAACCAGGGCUCAUGAUUGUUUUGUUUCGCCCCACCUGGGUUACCACCGCUAUAUAAAAUGGUAUCAUUAGGAUUUAGCUGCCACUGUAGCCUGGUUUUCAAAGGUCUUCCUCCAGCUUUUCGGGUCCAUUUUAUCUCUACACUUAUAAUGGGUAACCCAUAAUAAUCUGUGCUGUAGUUUCAAUGAUCAACCUCCAUGUGGCUGAGGCAAAAUGUGUUCCUUCAUUUGUGCACAGCUCAGUGUGGCAGUUUCUUCCGCAUUCACUCAACGAUAACCUUUUAUUGUGCGUCAUACUGGCGUUUGUCAACUGGAGCAGAAAAGUCUGGCCAUUUCAUCUUCAACAUUAGUUUGUUGUUGUUUUUUUAACAUUUCAAAAACCCCAUUCAACAGAAGUGUGACAAGUACAAAUCUACCAUUUCAUUCUUUAUGUGAUUGCUAAUAAGCUAUGAUAUGUGAUGUUGGUCAAUGUUACCAAAAUGAAUUAGGAAUUCGAUUUAAAUAAAAUAAGUGCCAUGGUU